UUCCCUUCCAUAUCAAAGUUUUAGUUUCUUGUUAGAAUUGUUUUCAAGUUAAUCAAGUAAUUAAGAGGAUGUUAGUGCAACAUGUGGUGGAGUCCAUCAAGGACAAGCUCUUUGAGGAGAAGAACGUGAUGAUGGUGAAGAAGGUGAAGGGCACUGUUGUGUUGAUGAAGAAGAAUGUCUUAGAUUUCACUGAUUUCCAUGCUUCUUUUCUUGAUCGUCUGCAUGAGUUAUUGGGUCAAGGUGUCUCAUUUCAUCUUGUCAGUUCCACCGUAGGUGAUCCAAAUAAUAGGAACCGAGGGAAGAUUGGAGCUCCGGCAUAUCUUGAAAAAUGGAUAACAACUUUGACAUCGAUAGCUGCCGGAGAGUCAAGAUUCGAGGUUACAUUCGAAGUCGAUGAGAAUGAUGGUGUCCCUGGUGCUGUCAUUGUAAAGAACAACCACCAUUCAGAGUUCUAUCUCAAGACUUUGACUUUGGAAGAUUUCCCGGGCCAUGGUGAUAUUCAUUUUAUUUGUAACUCUUGGGUCUAUCCUACUAACAAGUAUAAAUAUGAUCGUAUUUUCUUCAUUAAUCAUACAUAUCUCCCUGGCCAAACGCCAGAAACACUUGUGCCGUAUAGAGAAGAAGAGCUUAUACAUCUCCGCGGAGAUGAUGUCACCGGAGAGCUCCAAGAACAUGACCGAGUUUAUGCUUAUGACUACUACAAUGAUCUUGGGCAACCGGACAAAGGGCCGGAAUACGUCCGGCCAGUCCUUGGUGGCUCAAGUGAAUACCCUUACCCUCGCCGUGGCCGCACUGGCCGGCCUCAUACCCUUUCCGAUCCCAAAACUGAAACAAGACUACCAUUACUGAGCUUGGACAUAUAUGUCCCAAGAGAUGAGAGAUUUGGACACUUGAAAAUGUCUGAUUUUCUUGGCUAUGCUCUCAAAGCUAUUGUCCAAUCACUCCUUCCAAGCUUAGAAGCACUUGUGGACAUGACACCCUUUGAAUUUGAUACUUUCCAAGAUGUUCUUAAUCUCUAUGAAGGAGGGAUUGAGUUGCCUGAUAUUCCAGAAAUCAAUGAAAUCAAAGAUGGGAUUCCUUUGGAAAUGAUCAAAGAGCUUGUUCGCAGUGAUGGAGAGCACUUGCUCAAGCUCCCUUUGCCCCAAGUUAUUCAGAAGAACAAGUUUGCAUGGAGAACAGAUGAAGAAUUCGGCAGAGAAAUGCUUGCAGGUGUUAAUCCAGUGAUCAUAAGAAGACUCGAAGAAUUCCCACCAACCAGCAAGCUUGAUCCAGAGACUUACGGCAACCAUAAGAGUUCUAUAACUUCAGCUCAUAUUAAGAAAAACUUAGAAGGAUUAACUGUUGAUCAAGCACUGAAUAGUAACAAGCUCUUCAUCUUGGAUCACCAUGACAUGCUGAUGCCUUACUUGAAUCGGAUCAAUGAAACAUCAACCAAAAUCUAUGCCACAAGAACUCUGUUGUUCCUCAAAGAAGACGGAACUCUGAAACCGAUAGCGAUUGAGCUGAGCUUACCGGAUCCCAGAGGAGAAGAACAUGGAGCUGUGAAUCAAGUCUACACUCCUGCUGAACAUGGUGUUCAAGGAUCAAUAUGGCAACUAGCUAAAGCUUAUGCUGCAGUUAAUGACUCUGGAGUUCAUCAACUUAUAAGUCACUUUUUGAACACUCAUGCAGUGAUAGAACCGUUUGUGAUAGCAACUAACAGACAGCUGAGCGUGAUGCACCCAAUCCACAAGCUUCUCAGUCCUCACUACCGUGACACAAUGAACAUCAAUGCAUUGGCUCGCCAUAUCCUAAUCAACGCUGGUGGAAUACUUGAACUCACUGUCUUUCCUGGCAAGUAUGCAAUGGAGAUGUCUUCUGUUGUUUAUAAGAGCUGGAAGUUCACUGAACAAGGCCUCCCUGCUGAUCUACUCAAAAGAGGAGUGGCAGUGGAGGAUAAAACACAGGCUAAUAAGAUAAGGUUGUUGAUCAGGGAUUACCCGUACGCAGUGGAUGGGCUGGAAAUUUGGUUUGCUAUUAAAAAGUGGGUGAGUGAUUACUGCAGUAUUUACUAUAAGAGUGAUGGUGAAGUUCAAGGUGACACUGAGCUGCAACAAUGGUGGAAAGAGGUGGUUGAGGUUGGACAUGGUGAUAAGAAGAAUGAAGAAUGGUGGCCAAACAUGGACAAGAUCUGUGAGCUUGUGGAGUCAUGCACAACCAUCAUAUGGAUAGCUUCAGCUCUCCAUGCUGCAGUUAACUUUGGGCAAUAUCCAUAUGCCGGUUAUCUUCCGAACAGGCCGACGAUAAGCCGGAGACUAAUGCCGGAGCCAGGGAGCAAAGAGUAUGAAGAGUUGGAGAGGAAUCCUGAUGGAGUUCUCUUGAAAACAAUCACAAGCCAACUUCAAACCAUACUUGGUGUGUCAUUGAUAGAGAUACUGUCAAGGCAUUCUUCAGAUGAAGUUUAUUUGGGACAAAGAGACACAAAAGAGUGGACUAGUGAUGGCAAAGCAUUGGAAGCAUUCAGAGAGUUUGGAGAAAGAUUAGUUGAGAUUGAGAACAAGAUUAUUAACAUGAAUGAAGAUGAGAGCUUGAAGAACAGGAAUGGACCAGUGGAAAUGCCUUACACUUUGUUGUAUCCUAAUACAUCUGAUUUUACUAGAGUUGGUGGACUUACAGGGAGAGGAGUUCCCAAUAGUGUUUCUAUAUGAUUUAAUUACUAUAUUGGAGAAGAAGAUGAUUAAUUUAUGUAAUUAAGAUUUUUAUAUGUAUGUUAAUGACCUGUGGUUUUGUUUCUAAUUGUUUGUGUUAAUUAAUUGAAGACUUUGGAGCUGAAAAAAAUGUAAUGAAGAUGAUGAAUAGUAUGUGAAUGUUUGAAUGUAUGUUUGCAGGUUUUAUGUUUGUAGAUUUUAUGUUUGGUUCAUUUAGUUUGCGUAUGUGAAAUAAUGGAGGGCUAGGAUUGCUUUAGAUUAGAUUGUGUUUCAAGUUCGAGGCAUGGAGAGCUUUUGCUGGAAUGUUAAGUCAAGGGCUAUGUUUGUAAUUUUCUAUAUGUUGUAGUAUGUUAUAAUAUUUUGGCUGGUGAAUGAAAGUGAUGAGAGUGUUUUUUGAGCUA